AUGUUUAAGAAACAGCAAAAGGACAUUCUCAAACUUAUUAGUGGUAAUUUAAAAAUUACAAAUGAAAGAAUUGAUGGGCUGUUGAAAGAAUUAACAGAAAUCAAAGAAACGUGCAAAACUUUACAAAAUGAAAAUAAUCUCAGAAAAUUUGAAAUGGUAAAAACAAAUGACAGAGUCUCAAAAAUUGAACACACUCAAAAAGAUAUUGAAAACAGCAUAACUUUUACGCAAGAUACCCAAGAGGAAAAAAUCAAUAAAAUUGAAGAAAAAAUUGUCUCAAAAGUAGCAUUUAAUGCAGAAGAAAAAAAUAAGCUGCGUCAACUGGAAGAUCGACUAAGAAGAAACAAUCUGCGGCUUGAAGGAAUAACUGAAAGCGAAUCUGAAAGUUGGAAUGAAUCUGAAGAAAAAGUUUUAAGUAUCUUUGAAAAACAACUAAAUGUAAGUGGCGUAGCUAUCGAAAGGGCGCAUAGAACCGGAAAAAUCGGGCAGAAUAGAUUGGACAUGCUAGAGAAAGACAUUAAUAACAACAAAUGUAAAAUAUCAAAUAUAGAAAAAGACUUAUGCGACAUUAAAGACAGCCUAAAUUUUCAAGAAAAUGAUAUCUCGGAAAAAAUAUCACAAAUAAAAAAAUACUAUGACAAAGAAAUCAAUUCAUUAUAUAAAAAAUCUAUAGAUCUAGAAAAUAGAUCAAGAAGGAACAACUUAAGAAUUGAUGGACUACAAGAAACACCAGGCGAAAGUUGGGAAGAUUGUGAAAAAGCUGUUAAAGACAUUUUCAAAACACUAUUGAAAAUACCUAGUGAAGUGGUGGUCGAACGAGCUCCUCGAAUCGGACAAUUUAAAGAAAACAAACCAAGAACAUUAGUCUUAAAACUCUUGAACUACCAAGACAAAAACAAAAUUCUCAAAACAGUAAAACAACUUAAAGGAACUGGACUAUACAUAAAUGAAGAUUUCGCUCAAGAAACAAUAUAUCAUCGAAGAAAGUUAUGGGAAGAAGUAAAAAAACUAAGAAGCGAAGACACACUAUCGGCAGUAGAUUGGGUUAAAGUGUAUCAAGAAUGUAACCUUGGGAACACAAACUCUGCAUAUAAUACUUUUACAGAUAUUUUUCUAAAGCACUACAAUAAUCAUUUUCCAAUCAAAGAAAAAGAAAUCAAAAACGUUAAAAAGAAAUUUGAAAAGUUUAAAACGCAGUUUGAGAAGAUAUUUGCUGAAGCAAUUGCAACUGGUCAAUCAGAAGCACUGAUUCCUCAAGUUUUCAAGAAUGAUACUUUGAGCUGA